AAUAUGGGACAGAAUGUUGAAAAUUUCAAAUUAAGAGAAUAAAGAGAGCGUGCAGAAGACACAGAAAACGAAAAAACAUUGCUACUUGAAGAUUUAUAAUAAUGUAAUUUCAAUAUGAAUUAUAAUCUAUUUAGAGCUUUACAAAGGCAAAUCAAAUAGAGAAGUUGUUUAGCAAAUUAUAAAAGACUAAUAGGAGGCUUUGGAUUGAUUUGCUAAAAUAGAUCAAAAAAUUUAUGGAAAUUCAGGUAUAGUUGUAGAUGGAGUGGACUAAUUGAAGCAUAAAGCAAUAGGUAUGGGAAAUGUAAAUAUUAUUAUAAAAAUGUUUUCAUUAGAAAAUUGAUGAAGCAAACUGUAAAAUGGGUGAAACCAAUCUAUAGGUUUGUAUAAUCAAUAAAACAAUAUAGUCCUCCAAUAAAAAUUAAAAGAUCUCCUAUUAAAAUUUAAAUAACCAAACAAGUUUUGUUUAGAUAUCACACUCUUUCUAUUUUCUUAGGAAUAAUUGGCGUAAUUGUAAAUAUGUUUUAUUCUAAAAAAUGA